AUGCAUCUUACCAACCAGUCCAUGUUCAGCAGCACCACUGGCAAAGCGGGUGAUCUGGCAGGUUUUGCUGAUGACAAUGAUGGAGCAGGGCUGCCUUUGUUCACAUUUGUUGAUGAAAACAUUUUCAAAAAGGAGACUUUCUUGGCUUUUAUCUCACUUCUGGACAACUAUGAAAGUGAUACCGGUGAACCGGAGAUCGUCACACCAGAGGAAGAACUGGAGAACCACAAGUUCCUGGAUUCGAUCAUAAAGACCCCCACUAUGAAGAUGGCCCACAGAUAUCUAGUGAGGAAGCAUCUCUCUCCAGAGGACACCGCAGACUUCAAGAAGCAGCUCUAUCACAUUUGGUUUGAGCUGUACGCCAGGAGAGGAGCCAGAGAGACGAGAGGAGGUCGUACUGUCAUCGGCUUUCAUAACUGGAUCCAGCUGUACUUACAAGAGAAACUAGGACACAUUGACUACAAAGGAUACCGUGUGAAUGCCAGCUCGCCACAGCCGGAUGAGAACAAGCACAUGUUGGCUCUGCAGUUCAGCUGGAAGAAUGGAAUCAAGCCCAAAGGAAGCAUCUUCAUCGGUGUGAGCCCUGAGUUUGAGUUUGCUCUGUACACUCUGUGUUUCCUCACGUCUCCAAACGAGCGAGUCAAAGUCUCCUUCAGCGUCUACGAGGUGGAGAUCGUCUGUCACCACUACAACCAGAAGCACAUCGGCACCACCUAUCCUGUGCUCGUCAAAUACCUCAAUGCAUAA